AUGCCAGUGAAGGAGGCCCUAUGUAUUGUGUCGAAAGUGUUCGAAGGGAACAAGAAGGAUUUAAGGGAAUUUAUCGAAAAUGUAGAUGCAGCUUUUGAAUUAGUAAAGCCAGAGGAACACGAAAUGUUAUUGAAGUUCGUUAAAGCAAAGAUAACCGGUGAGGCCAGGUCGAGAUUGCAGGUGCGUGAACGCACAGGUACGUGGCAAGAGGUGCAACGCGUUUUAGAAGAAAACUAUGCCAGUAAGCGUACUAUGGACUACUACGCAUGUAGAAUUUUCCAAGCCAGACAGGGACAAGGGGAACCAAUAGCAAUGUGGGCAAGCCGAAUAGAUGAAAUGCAGAGAGAUUUUCGAGAAGCAGUAAACAGAGUUACGGCCAGAGAAAACUUGAAAGGUGCGAUAGAACUAGUUGAUUCCUUAGGAAGAGCGUGCUUUAUACAGGGGUUAAGUAAUGACAGAAUACAAACAAUAGUGAGAAGCAGAGGCGAUGAAAUUACGUUGGCAGCAGCAGUGGAGCUGGCACUGCAGGAGGAGAGUGCGAUAUUGUCCAUGAAAGAGCGGGGACUAGCCCCGAGGAAAUUUUGGGAUACAAUAAGAGAAAAUAAUCAUGUUGAAAGCAAUAAGGUAACUACUUCUGAGAACAUGCCAGAUGAGGAUAUUGCAAUUGUGCCAGAAUUUUAUAAUUGGGUAGAGAAUGAUAACACUGGGCAACAACCAAAAAAACGUCAUGGGUUUCUCAGCUGA